GGCGGGAGGCGAGCGCGAGAGGGCCCGGGGCGCUCCUAGAGACCGGCCGCGCUCCCAGCCCGCCCGAAGCCCAUGCCCGGCGGCUGGCCCGUGCUGCGGCUGGAGGGGGGGCCUGGCUCUGCAUGGCCCCGGCUGCUGACAUGACUUCUUUGCCACUCGGUGUCAAAGUGGAGGACUCCGCCUUCGGCAAGCCGGCGGGGGUCGGCGGGGGCCAGGCCCCCAGCGCCGCGGCGGCCACGGCGGCCGCCAUGGGCGCAGAUGAGGAGGGGGCCAAGCCCAAGGUGUCCCCUUCGCUGCUGCCCUUCAGCGUGGAGGCGCUCAUGGCCGACCACAGGAAGCCCGGGGCCAAGGAGAGCGCCUCGGAGGGCGCGCCGGCGGCGGGCGGCUCGGCGCAGGCCCUGGGCGCGCGGCCGGGGUCACUGGGCGCCCCCGACGCAUCCACGUCGCCGCGGCCGCUCGGCCAUUUCUCUGUGGGAGGACUCCUCAAGCUGCCAGAAGAUGCGCUCGUCAAAGCCGAGAGCCCCGAGAAACCCGAGAGGACCCCGUGGAUGCAGAACCCCCGCUUCUCCCCUCCCCCGGCCAGGCGGCUGAGCCCCCCGGCCUGCACCCUGCGUAAGCACAAGACCAACCGCAAGCCGCGGACGCCCUUCACCACGGCGCAGCUGCUCGCGCUGGAGCGCAAGUUCCGCCAGAAGCAGUACCUGUCCAUUGCCGAGCGCGCCGAGUUCUCCAGCUCGCUCAGCCUCACCGAGACGCAAGUGAAGAUCUGGUUCCAGAACCGCCGCGCCAAGGCCAAGAGACUGCAGGAGGCAGAGCUGGAGAAGCUGAAGAUGGCCGCCAAGCCCAUGCUGCCGCCCGCCGCCUUCGGCCUCUCCUUCCCGCUCGGCGGCCCAGCAGCCGUGGCGGCGGCGGCGGGCGCCUCGCUCUACGGUGCCUCCGGCCCCUUCCAGCGCGCCGCGCUGCCGGUGGCGCCCGUGGGACUCUACACGGCCCAUGUGGGCUACAGCAUGUAUCACCUGACAUAAACGGCCCGGGGGCGCACGCCUGCCGUGCCAGCGCUGAUCUUCUGCAGGAGGCAGGAGCCAACGCUGCUCCCCUGCUCGGCGCCUCCUAGCCCCUUCCCUUUCACCCUCACACUGCCCCAGUUUCUUCUCUGUUGCUCCCCGUGUGUCGCUCUCCGAGGUCUGAUCCCCCUUCCAGAAAGUGGCUGGAAGGGUCCCUUGAAGCUCUUCUGGAAUCUCUGGAGAAUCCGAGGGCAGAGAGAUUCAGCGAUUAUCCACGUUCCCAGCAGAGUUAGUGGUUGAACCAGGACUAGAGCCCACAUCUGCAUCUCUGUCCCUGUCCUUGCACCAGGCAGGACCAGCCCAGAGAAAUCCAUGUUUGACGAUUUUGGAAAUGAGAACAGAUGGAGAGGAGAAAGAAAGAGAGGAGUGUGCUGGGAGCGAUGAAUUCCUGCUCCUUCCGCUGGAAAACUCAAGGAACUUCAAAAGCUAAACAUUUGCUUUGGGGGGAAACCCAGAUGCAUUAAAAGGUAGGUUGAAGGGGGGCCUCUCUCUUACCAGUUCCAGAAAAAAAAGUAAAAUAAAGAAAAAUUCUGUUUCUAUUUAACAGUACUUUUGUGUGGCUCUCAAGAAUCCCUUUGGAAGGGACUGUGUGUACUAUGUAAUAUACUGUAUAUCUGAAAUUUUAUCAUUUAUAUUAUAGCUAUAUUUGUUAAAUAAAUUAAUUUUAA